UUCUCUUCUAUAGGUUGCCCAGGAAUGUGGGACAAUAUCACAUGCUGGAAACCUGCAAGUGUGGGUGAAAUUGUCUUUGUCAAGUGUCCUGCACUGUUCAGAUUUAUCAUCUCUGAAGACGGUUGGGAAGUAGAUAACUUGGGGCAAACCCAUGCAGGUGAUUAUGACCUGCUGGAAAGCACAGCCCAGUCUCCCCUAGGGGACAUCAGUAGAAAUUGCACUGAAGAUGGCUGGUCUGAACCUUUUCCUCAUUAUUAUGAUGCCUGCGGCUUUGAUGAAAAUGAAACAGAGUCCGAUAACCAGGAUUACUACUAUCUAUCUGUGAAGGCUCUGUACACAGUGGGCUACAGUACUUCUCUUGUUUCCCUCACCACCGCCAUGGUUAUCCUGUGUCGUUUCAGGAAGCUUCACUGUACUCGAAAUUUUAUCCACAUGAACCUCUUUGUUUCUUUCAUCCUACGUGCAAUAUCUGUAUUCAUUAAAGAUGGAGUUCUUUAUGCUGAACAGGAUGGCAACCACUGUUUUAUCUCAACGGUGGAAUGCAAAGCAGUGAUGGUGUUUUUUCACUACUGUGUCAUGUCCAACUACUUCUGGCUUUUCAUUGAGGGACUGUACCUUUUCACUUUAUUGGUAGAAACCUUUUUCCCAGAGAGGAGAUAUUUCUACUGGUACACUAUUAUUGGCUGGGGUACCCCAACAAUUUGUGUCACUGUCUGGGCAGUGCUGAGGCUUCACUUUGAUGAUACUGGCUGCUGGGAUAUGAAUGACAACACUGCCUUGUGGUGGGUCAUCAAGGGUCCUGUGGUUGGAUCAAUCAUGAUAAACUUCGUGCUUUUUAUUGGCAUAAUUGUGAUACUUGUGCAGAAACUCCAGUCACCUGAUAUCGGGGGCAAUGAAUCCAGCAUUUAUUUGAGACUGGCUCGCUCUACACUACUGCUUAUCCCCUUGUUUGGAAUUCACUACACGGUGUUUGCUUUUUCUCCUGAAAAUGUCAGUAAGCGGGAGAGACUAGUGUUUGAAUUGGGACUGGGAUCUUUCCAGGGUUUUGUUGUUGCUGUUCUCUAUUGUUUCUUGAAUGGGGAGGUAAGACUUUUAAUAUUUAACCUCCCCCACCAACCAUCCCCAUCCCAUUUCCUUGUGGGA